CUCAUUGCUGAGGAGGAGGUUUGGUCCUUUGAAGUGGGGGACCUGGAGUGGAUGGAAUGGCACCCUCGGGCGCCCGUGCUCCUGGCAGGCACAGCCGACGGGAACACCUGGAUGUGGAAGGUCCCCAGCGGUGACUGCAAGACCUUCCAGGGCCCCAACUGCCCCGCCACCUGCGGCCGCGUCCUCCCUGAUGGGAGGAAGGCCGUGGUCGGCUACGAGGAUGGCACUGUCCGCGUCUGGGACCUGAAGCAGGGCAGCCCUGUCCACGUGCUCAAAGGAGCUGAAGGUCACCAGGGCCCCCUGACGUGUGUGGCCACCAACCUGGACGGGAGCCUGAUCCUCACUGGCUCUGUGGACUGCCAGGCCAAGCUGGUCAAUGCGGCCACCGGCAAGGUGGUGGGCGUCUUCAGACCGGACGCUGUGGGCCCACAGCCCAACCCCGGGGAGGACGAAGAAAGCGAAUCCAACUCGGUGGAAUCCCUGGGCUUUUGCAAUGUGAUGCCGCUGGCCGCCGUUGGCUACUUGGAUGGGACCUUGGCCAUCUACGACCUGUUGACGCAGAGCCUGAGACACCGGUGCCAGCACCAGUCGGGCAUCGUGCAGCUGCUCUGGGAGGAGGGGGCGGCCGUGGUGUACACCUGCAGCCUCGACGGAGCCGUCCGGCUCUGGGACGCGCGCACGGGCCGCCUGCUCAGCGACUACCGGGGCCACACGGCUGAGAUCCUUGACUUUGCCCUCAGCAAAGACGCCUCCCUGGUGGUGACCACGUCUGGAGACCACAAAGCCAAAGUGUUCUGCGUCCAGAGACCCGACCGUUAGUGCUCCUGCCAUCCCUGCUCUGGGCUCUUGUUUUAUAGGGAGAAGGGAGAUGGCGGGGGGCUGCCCCCCCCCACCCAGGGGCUGCCAGGGAGGCUGCCGCCCCCCGCCUUUCUCCACGUUGACACUGCCCUCCUCUCCCUCGUGUUGACCUUCCAGAGGGAAGUUUAGCUCUGCUGUUCUCACCUUUCACCUGUGGUGUUUUGGGGCUCCAUUUCACUUGGGGGUUGUGGGAGAUGGGGAGCAGCUCCUGAGAAGCUUUUUCCUCCUCCCCUCCCUUCCCCUCCCCUCCAGGCUUUCUAGGACCUUGAGAUGCGGGGGCUGGGGGGUGAAGGAAGGGGCUUAUGAUUAUAGAGGUUUUAAAAAAUGUAAAUAAACUAUGAUUCCCAGAAAAAAAAAAUACAA